GCCUACAUAUUACCCACAAUUCCCUUUCCUUUCUCUCUCCGCCUGUUGUCCAAGAUGCCCAAGGGGAAGAAGGCCAAGGGCAAGAAGGUGGCCCCGGCCCCUGCCGUCGUGAAGAAGCAGGAGGCCAAGAAGGUGGUGAACCCCCUGUUUGAGAAAAGGCCGAAGAAUUUUGGCAUCGGACAGGACAUCCAGCCCAAGAGGGACCUCACCCGUUUUGUCAAAUGGCCCCGCUACAUCCGGCUGCAGCGGCAAAGGGCCAUUCUCUAUAAGCGGCUGAAGGUGCCUCCUGCAAUUAACCAGUUUACCCAGGCCUUGGACCGCCAAACAGCUACUCAGCUGCUUAAGCUGGCCCACAAGUACAGACCAGAGACAAAGCAAGAGAAGAAGCAGAGGUUGCUGGCCCGAGCUGAGAAGAAGGCUGCGGGCAAAGGCGAUGUCCCCACCAAGAGGCCGCCUGUCCUUCGAGCAGGGGUGAAUACCGUCACCACCUUGGUGGAGAACAAGAAGGCUCAGCUGGUGGUGAUCGCACACGAUGUGGAUCCCAUUGAGCUGGUGGUCUUCCUGCCGGCCCUGUGUCGGAAGAUGGGGGUCCCCUACUGCAUCAUCAAGGGCAAGGCCAGGCUGGGGCGGCUGGUCCACAGGAAGACCUGCACCACCGUGGCCUUCACGCAAGUCAACUCGGAAGACAAGGGCGCUCUGGCUAAGCUGGUGGAAGCCAUCCGGACCAAUUACAACGACAGAUACGACGAGAUCCGGCGUCACUGGGGAGGCAACGUCCUGGGUCCGAAGUCAGUGGCUCGCAUUGCCAAGCUGGAGAAGGCGAAGGCCAAAGAACUGGCCACCAAACUGGGCUAAGUGUACACCGUGGAGGUUUCUGUACAUAAAAGUUAUUAAUAAAACCCUUCAGCCAGUUACCAGGCA